AACCAGAGCAAGCCCGGUGCCCUUUUUCUACAUUCAAUAGGGUGGAUCAGAGGGUCGGUGCUACAGAACUCUUCUGAGCUUCAGCGUUUAAAGCCAGUUGAGCUGAAGGCAGCUCCAAGGAUGGCGUAUCAACAGAAGCUGGCAGAGAAGCUUAGCAUCCUCAAUGACAGGGGCAGGGGCGUCCUCGUCCGUACCAACUACAUUAAAAAGAUAUGCUCUGAUCCAAAGCAGAAACCCGCUUUCCUCACUGACAAGAGUAUGGAGUCCGCCAUGAAAUACAUCAACAAGAAAUUCCCCAAUGUUGACUAUCGGGGUAACAGCCAACAGCUGAGCGCUGUCCAUAAGGAGAAAUCUGAAGUCCUAAAGACUCUGACAAAUUUCUAUCACUCUUUUAUUGACAUAAUGGAGUUCAGGGACCAUGUAUAUGAGCUUCUGAAUACAGUUGAUGCUUGCCAGUGUUUCUUUGAUAUUACUGUAAAUUAUGACUUUACAAAGAAUUACUUGGACCUCAUUAUUACUUACGUCUCCGUGAUCCUGCUGCUGUCUCGCAUUGAUGACAGGAAAGUCUUGGUAGGCAUGUACAACUGUGCCCAUGAGAUGUCUAAUGGAUCCAGUGAUUCUGCUUAUCCACGGCUGGGACAAAUGUUGCUGGAAUAUGAAAAUCCUUGGAAGAAGAUGACAGAAGAAUUUGGACCACACACUAAGGCUGUGACAGAGGCCCUGCUGUCACUUCAGCAGAUCUAUCCUCGACGAAACUUGCCUGCAGAACAGUGGCGCAAUGCACAGAUGCUUAGUUUGUUGAGCUCUGCGCCUACCAUGUUGAACCCUGCCACCUGUGACACGAUGCUGUGUGAGUACUUAUCUAUGGAGACAAUGGAACGGUGGAUAAUCAUUGGUUUUUUGCUGUGCCAUGGAAGUCUAAACACACACCAGCCAUCUCAAGACUUGUGGAAAAGUGCAUUACGGAGUGGACUUUGCAUUACACUUAUCAGAGAUGAACUGCUGUUCUUCCAUAAGACCACUGAAGACUUUUUUGACAACAUGAAGGGGUAUAACAAACGGAUAGCAGAUAUUAAGGAAAGCAGAGAAUAUGUAGCAAACAACAGUGGCCCCUUCCACAGAGAGAGACGUCAAUAUCUAAGGAACAUUCUAAAAGAACUCACGAUGCUCAUCACAGAUGAGCCAGGACUGCUGGGACCUAAGGCACUUUAUGUCUUCAUGGCUCUUUCUUUCUCCCGUGAUGAAGUGUGCUGGCUAAUUCGCCACAGUGAAAAUAUUCCAAAAACCAAGAAUCCUGAGGACUAUGUCGACUUGAAUAUUGCAGAACUGCUUUUCUAUGUGGAAAAGUUGAGAAUUUUGGUGCACCGAUUCAAGUCAGUUUUACUUCGCUAUCACCUGUUAUACCUUGCUCAGUUUGAUGCCCUGGCACUCAAUGACACCAUGCAGAAUCUCCCUGUUUGUCCAGAGGAGGAGUCCAUACUGAUGUCAUAUUUUGUGUCAUCUUUGUCCUCAAUGUCUGUGAAACAAGUGGAGAGCGGUGAACAGUUUGAUUUGCAGGGAAUGAGACUGGACUGGUUCAGGCUACAGGCAUACACCAGUGUGGCUAAGGCUCCCCUGAGUCUCCGAGACUAUCCUGCACUGGCCCGUCUGAUGAACAUGAUUGCCUUCCACACUAUGAUGAUAGAUAAUGUUGAAGGUCUUCUUGAGGAAACCUCUGAUCUAUCAAUUUUGUGUUUCUACCCUCGUGUUUUUGAGAAGAUGUUCCACCAGUGCAACGAUGACAUCCAGGAGCAGAAGUACCUCAUCUCCUUCCCUCAAGUCUGCUCCCACUUUCACACGUCCACUCACAGCAUGUGUCCAGAGGAGGCCCCAAUGCUAGAAAAGAGGAGUCUAACCUACUGUGCCAGUUUUCUGGAUGAGAUCUCCAAGCAGGCCUGCGAUGUUCUCCUGGAAUUAUGUGCUGAGCAACGCAACCUAAGUGACCAGCUACUGCCUAAGCACUCUGCACAUACAAUCAGCAGAGUUCGAAAUAAAACACAGAAAAAGCAGGUAGCAAAAAAAGGCGAAACUCCAAGCCACAAACCAGGAGCAGAAAGCCAAAGGAAAGACCGCUUCAUUGUAACCAAUAUGGACAAACUACAUCUGGCCUUGACUGAGCUUUGUUGGUCCUUCCACAAUUGCUCCCAUAUUUUAGUGUGGGACCAUGUCAUCAUCCCCAUGGAACAUUUGCUGUCACAACUAGAAGUACGUCUCAACAGGUCAAUUGUAAACAUGGUGAAUUACAACCAAGCCACUCUGGAGAUAACAAGACCCUCAGAGCUUCUGGUGAGCAUCAGGGCUUAUGUGGAGUCUUUACACAUGAUCUCCAGAUACAUCAAUGUGGAUGUCACCCGCCUGGUUAAAAGUGUUCUUUUGCAACAAACUCAGCCUCUUGAUAGCAUGGGGGAUCAGACGAUUACCACUCUCUAUACUAACUGGUAUUUGGAGGGUCUUUUGCGUCAGGCUAGUAGUGGGAUGAUUACUCACUCACCUACAAUGCAGACCUUCAUGAAUCAGCCAACUGAACAACAACAAAGCUUCAGCGCUCAAGAGUACACUGACAUAUCUGAAAUGCAGGCACUAGCUGAACUGAUUGGGCCCUAUGGAGUGUUGUUCCUGAGGGAAAAUCUUAUGUGGCACAUCACCUCUCAAAUUGCUGAGCUUAAGAAACUGGUCAUUGAGAACAUGGAUGCUCUGGUGCAGAUAAGAUCCAACUUUGAUAAGUCAGACCAAAUGGCUGCAUUACUCAAAAAGUUGCCUGCGGCUGAUAAUAUUCUAAAAAGAAUGGUGAUAAUUGGAGUGAUUUUGUCUUUCCGCAACAUGACACAAGAAGCGAUGAGAGAUGUGAUGCACAGACAUUGCCCUUUCAUCAUGGGACCCAUUGAAUGUCUGCAGGAUUUAAUAACUCCAGAUACUGACAUCAAGGUCACCCUAAGCGUGUUUGAGUUAACAUCAGCAGCUGGGAUUCCCUGUGAAAUUGAUCCAGCACUGGUCAAUGCACUCAGAGGCAUGAGGACAGAAAUGUCAUCUGCUGAUGAAGAAUACAAGCUGGCAUGUCUUUUAUUUGUCUACAUUGCUGUAUCUUUACCUAACUUGGCCAUGGAUCAAGGGUCAUUAUACAGCCGGGAGCAUGGAGGACAUGCAAAUAACAUUCAUUGUCUCGCUACUGCCAUCAAUCAAUUGGCUGCUGCUCUCUUCACUGUACACAACAAGAACAUCGAGGAACACCUGAAGGAAUUUCUCUUGAUUGCAUCAUCAGCACUCCUACAGCUUGGACAGAAUAUGGAGCGCCUUGAGACCAGAAAUAGGGACUCUGUUUAUCUUAUGUUGCACUUGAUUGUGGAAGAGUCACCUUUUCUCACCCAGGACAUGCUAGAGAGCUGCUUUCCAUAUGUCCUCUUACGUAAUGCAUACCGGGAUGUGUACAAGAUUGCUCCAAUAACACUGGGCUGACAACGAGAUGCCUAACCCAAAUAUAAGAUUCCCAGUAAACUGCUGCAAUCAAAAAUAAAUUUUGAGAAAAUACAUUUCAUUUAUGGUAAUAGAGGAAAACUUCUUAAACUUUAAUGUUUUAUUAGUAAACAUUCAUGAACACAAGAAGUAGUAGAAAAAGGCCACUCAACCCUGACUUGCCCAUUGUUUGACCAAAAUAUAAAACUCAUCACCACAAGAUUCAAGUCAAUUUUAGCUGAUUCUAACUCUUCAGUUCUGCUGAGCUAAUCUAAUUUUUAAUUCCUAUAAUAACAUAUAUAAUAUAAAUUUACACUUUACAGUAUAUAGAGGGUGAGUCAAAACUAUGUUAAUUUUUGAAUGGCGGAAACAAUUUAUUCACAAAUCAUGCUUCAUAUGUGCAAGAUGAUUUACAGGACUGUCUCAACCUGUUCGCCAUCAUGUUCAACACAUGUGGCACAUAAAUUACCCACAAAAAUUUCAUAUAAGUAUAUACAUAGCAGUACCAUUACUGAGACCUUCCUGUAAAUCAUCUUGCACAUAUGAAGCAAGUUAACAUAAUUUUGAGUCACCCUGUACUGUUCUAAUGAUAAAAAGUAGCAGUAUAACUGAAAAACAAAAAGAGGUUUGAUAUGACCUAGAACAUGAUAAAAAAAAAACAUCCACAGAAAUUGUACUCGGGAAGCAGCAGGACAGAAAUGAUCAAAUAAUUCAUUUGACACCUCUGAUUACUAAUUCUUUAUACUGGCUGCACUAAGAAUCAUAUUCAUGGCUUUUCAAAACAUGUUUUUUAAAAACAUAUUUUUAAUUUUAAAUAGCUUAUAUUUACACAACAACCUCAUCAAAAGUGGUAAAAGUUUUUCUUUGUAAUAAUAAUAAUAAUAAUAAUAAUAAACAAAUAAAUAAUUCAAAUGACAAUUAAUUGUAACUGUUAAGAAUAACAGCAUAACAAAUAUAAUUAAUUUUAAAUACAACUUAAAACCAUAAUGCAGAAAAAUAAUAGUUGACAUAAUGAUAAAAUAUGCAGAAUAAAUUUCAUAUACUGUUUUAAUAAUGUAAUUUUUCUUUCAAAAUAGCUUUCUUGAAAUGUCAACCAUGCAAAGCACUAAAGAUUAUUUAAACACCCACUAUCCACUUUAUAAAGAGAUCAGGAAAAAGUAACAAAAUCUUCAUAUUUCAAUCCAGGGAUUAAGGGGCCUGGAGUUUAUAUACUGUAUGUGACUUUUACCGCUUGCAGGAACCAAAACAGAAUGGGCCACUAGGUGAUCACUGAGCACACUCACAGUCACUCACACAUAUGCACCUCCUCAUACAGAUAUAGCUUCAAUUGUCGAACAGUCUAUCAAGCAUGCCCUUUGACAAGUGGAAGCGAAACAGUUUCUGGAAAAAAUCUUAAAUCUUACCAACGCUAUCGAGACGGUGCCCAGACUAGGAUUUAAAACCAAGGCCCACUACUAGGAGGCUGCAGAUCUCACCACUGUGCCAUUGCACUAGCCUAAGAUAUGUAAUAACUGUCUUUAAAUUUUAAACACAAAAAAACUUAGUAAAAUUAAGAUAUAUAUUUACGUAUUUUACAUUAUCUUUGUAAUAAUAGCAAAGAUCAUUUUUACAUUAUCUUCACUAUAAAUAAUAGCAACCAUCCAUUAUUAAAUGAUUUUGCUUUGAUUUGAAUGAUAAAAUAAUAAAUAACUUAAGAAACACAGAGCUGACAGCUUGCUACUUUAAAAUAUGCUAGAGCCACAUUAACAUGUACUUAUACUUGAUUAUAUAUUUAUAUAUAAAUAUGAUAAAAAUGAAAUAAAGUUAAUUUAUAUAGAAUAAAGUAAAAUGUAUUAAUAAUAAACACUGGUUAUUCUGGCUGUGUAUUAAAAGAUUUACAUACAUUUUUUUUUUUUGCCGGCAGCUUUUUGUUUGAAGUUCUGCUAUGUACAUUGGUUACACAGUUGCCACGUUAGGGAUAAAGGGUUAAUUAUUGCUAGGAAACAAACCUUCGUCAUACCUGCAGGUGAGCUUGUUAAGGAGGCAGAACUAAUGAGCUGGACUAUGAUCUGCAUCUUGGGAGGAAGUUGUGUGCUUCAGAAUUGAACUCGAAUAGAUUAAAAUAGUGGCCAGGUCCCCUAGUGAAAAGUUGAGAUUAGACAACAUGCUGACGUAGGUCAAGACGAUAACAGAGGAGGUAAACCUGUGCUACAAAAAAAGGAUGACGGAAGACUGAGUUGAGUGUAUCUUUUGGGUACAAUCAAUCAGGGACAUGAAAUCUGACUCAGGGGAAAAAAUUUGCUUUUGUUUGAAAAACCCUUGACUGUGGCAUAUAAACAUUUCAAAACAUGUAGCAGUUUUUCUAAUGAAUAAAGUUAAUUUGUAUCAUAAUAAUGCCUAU